AUCUUUCCUUUGUGUUUGCAGAACGCUCAAGGCCAAAAGAGAUGCUUACGUUGGCCGCCUGAACCACAUUUAUCGCAACAAUCUUGACAAGGCUAAAAUCCAAUUCAUUCAAGGUUUUGCCAGGUUCACAGAUGACCCUGAGCCGACGGUGGAGGUCGGCGGGAGAAAGUACACAGCGCCGCACAUCCUCAUUGCCACUGGGGGGCAGCCUUCUCUUAUGAGUGAUGCUGAAGUUCCAGGGGCAAGUCUGGGUAUUACCAGCGACGGCUUUUUUGACCUUGAAACUCUGCCAAAACGCAGUGUGGUUGUGGGUGCUGGUUACAUCGCAGUGGAGAUGGCAGGCAUCCUCUCCACUCUGGGCUCCAAAACAUCUCUCAUUAUUCGACAAACGGGGGUUCUGAGGAACUUCGACAGCCUCAUAAGUGCAAACUGCACCAAAGAGCUGCAGAACUCUGGCAUAGACUUGUGGAAGAACUCGCAGGUGAAGUCCGUGAGUAAGACGGACAAGGGGCUGGAGGUGACGCUCGUCACCAAAGACGCGGAGAAGAAUAACGGCGAGGAGAAGAUCAGCACCAUCCAGGAAGUGGACUCUCUAUUGUGGGCCAUCGGCAGGCAGCCCCACACCGCUGGUCUGAACCUCAGCAAGACGGGUGUGGAUACAGAUGCAAGAGGUCACAUCAUUGUGGAUGAAUUCCAGAACACCAAUCGACCUGGGAUCUACGCGUUGGGAGAUGUUUGUGGCAAAGCUCUUCUCACACCCGUUGCCAUUGCUGCGGGCAGAAAGCUGGCACACAGGCUGUUUGAGGGCAAGAAGGACUCCAAGUUGGACUACUCCAGUAUUCCCACAGUGGUGUUCAGCCACCCACCCAUCGGCACAGUGGGCCUCACAGAAGAGGAGGCCAUCACAUCUUGGGGAAAGGAGAAUUUGAAGAUCUACAAGACUUCUUUUACUCCAAUGUAUCACGCUAUCACAAGCAGGAAGAGUCAGUGCAUCAUGAAGCUGGUGUGUGUGGGCAAGGAGGAGAAGGUGGUGGGCCUGCACAUGCAGGGCCUGGGCUGUGACGAGAUGCUGCAGGGUUUUUCUGUGGCCAUCAAAAUGGGCGCUACCAAAGCAGACUUUGACAAGACUAUUGCCAUUCACCCCACCUCAUCUGAAGAAUUUGUCACCAUGCGUUAAAGCAAGCAGUCUUCAUCGCUCUCACUACAGCUUGACAGCUGGUCUUUUUUUUUUUAGGAUAAAAAACCUAUAUACUUCCAAUUUUCUUUCAUUUAAGUGACCUUAUUUGUGAACACUGAAUCCUUUAUUUCUAAUUUUCCAUCUAAAUGGUCAUGAGUCAUGGCCUCCUUGAACUGUACAUUUGAAGGAUCGUGAAAUGGAAGUGGUGGAUCUGCCGGUAUUGUUGUCAAGUGAAUGAGAAGCAGAAGACCUCUCCUCUCUUAUAUUGUAUUGUGUGUUUUGUGAUUUGUCAUGUAUGAGCACUGCUGCUUCUUGUGGCCCCUAUUUACUACCAAUGAAAGGUCAUAGUGUAAAUCCACUGUACUGUUUUCAAGAUUCAAUAAAGCUGGCAGGUUUGUCUUACUUAUUGAAAA